CUAAAUGCUUAAAUUCUCCCAAUAAUUUCAAGAAAAUCAUGAGCUGUCAUUUAGCCUUUUCAACUUUUAAAAGUCGAAUAAGAAAAAGUCCUUAGAUUAUAUUCUUCCACAAAUCACGACGACUCAUAAGACCAUGUACAUAGGACAUUUUUUAUGGGUAUCAUAAGCCCAAAAAUAUUAAAUUAAUGGGUAAAACCACUGACUUGGGCCUGAGCCGUAUCACUGGGGUGAUAUUAGUGAUACCAGUAUCUGAUGAGGUGGCGGCUCGGGAUUAGUCGGGAGAAACGCGUUUUUGUGGGAAAAGAGUGAAAAAAAAAAAAAAAAUCAUUCUUCGUUUUCGCAUUCUUCGUUUCCUCUGUCGGCGAUUCUCCGUCUCUCCUUCGUUCUAAUCGCCGGCGGAUCUCUAAAGUUCCCCGUGGAAGAAGAACGUGCAGAUCUUUUAAGAUCUCUCUUCACCUCUGCCUCUCCACUCGUCAUUUGUCUCGUCGAGGUGCCGUAGAUCUCCCUCGAAGAAGAACUUAAUCAAGAGCUGUCGGUUGGAGAAGGAGAUCCGCCGGCGAUUCAGACGACUAUGAGUGAAGGUUUUAAUCGCUCCAAGCAGUGCUUCAAAGGAGAAGACUCAGAUCACAUCCGACAGCUUGAGGAAGAAGUACAACUUCUUAAGAAUCUUUCACAUCCAAACAUUGUUAGAUACUUGGGUACUGUAAGAGAGAGUGGUUCGUUGAAUAUUUUGAUGGAGUUUGUUCGUGGUGGAUCAAUAUCAUCUAUGUUGGAUUUUGAUCUUUUCCUGAGCCAGUGAUAAUAAUGUACAAAAAGCAGCUGUUGUUGGGUUUGGAGUAUCUUCACAACAAUGGGAUUAUGCAUAGAGAUAUUAAGGUACUUUUCAUC